AUGGCAGCGCCAAGGCCGACGGGGAGCCAGGAUCUGUUCGAUACGUAUUUCAGGAGAGCAGAUUUGGAUGGAGAUGGUCAUAUCAGUGGAGCUGAGGCCGUCGCUUUCUUCCAAGGCUCGAAUUUGCCUAAACACGUCCUUGCUCAGGUGUGGUCCUUUGCAGAUGCAAAAAAGGCUGGUUUCCUUGGUCGAGCGGAGUUUUAUGAUGCUCUAAAGUUGGUAACAGUGGCACAGAGUAGGCGGGAAUUGACUCCUGAGAUUGUGAAGGCUGCAAUCUACAGUCCUGCUUCAGCCAACAUUCCUGCUCCCAAAAUAAAUCUUGCUGCAACACCCUCUCCACAGCCGAGGGCAGUUAAUCCUGCUACACAAGCUCAGGGAGUUACAUCACAGCCAUCAGUAGCGGCUGGUAUGAGAGGGCCUCAAACGGGUGGAAUUGUAAGCACUAGUAACCAACAACUAGUUCCAGGCCAGCAGAAUCAAUUAACUGGGAUACCUCCAUCUCAACCACAGCAAAACUUUCAAAGCAAAGGUAUGCCAGCUGGUGGGACUAAUGCACCUCGUCCUGCAAACCAACCCAUGCCAUCUAAUUGGCUCAGCGGCAGAAGUGUUGGGCCCUCUGGGCAAGUGAAUCCUCAAAUUCCUUCGAGUCAGAGUGCAUAUGGUUUGACAGCACCUAAUUCAAGUGCCAACCAUAUACCACAACCACAUAUGACACCUGCAGUAAUAAGCUCUACAACAGCCAGACCGCAAGAAUCAGCGCUUGUGCACAAGCCCCAAGAUGUAUCUGCUCCUUCAGGUUCUUCCAUACAACCAAAACAAAACAGUUUGGGAACUACAUCGACGACGGGCAUCUCAUCUGUUUCUCCUGAGGUUGCACAGUCUGUAGUUAGACAAAGUCCAAUCCAACAGCCUGUUGGUGUUCAGAAUCAGCUUACUGGAAAAUUAGGGCAGCCGUUUGUUCCGCCCGGUGGAGCGUCUGGUACAAUUGGUUCUACUGUUGGAGUUGGAAGUUCAGCUUCCAGUCACUUGACCCAGCGUCCGCCCCAGCCCCAGCCCCGGCCACAACACCAUCCCCCUUCCCAGUCCCAAGCUCCUUGGCCAAAAAUGACUCCAGCUGAUGUCCAGAAAUAUACCAAGGUAUUUGUGCAAGUUGACACUGAUAGGGACGGAAAGAUCACUGGGCACCAGGCUCGAAAUCUUUUUUUAAGUUGGAAGCUCCCGCGAGAGGCUUUGAAGCAGGUAUGGGAUUUAUCUGAUCAAGAUAAUGAUAGCAUGCUCUCCUUGAGGGAGUUCUGUAUCGCGGUCUAUCUAAUGGAGCGUUACAGAGAGGGCCGACCUCUUCCCCCAGUGUUCCCAAGCACUAUAAUACUUAGUGAGAGCAUGUUUACCCCUCCUGGUCAACCUGUGGCACCACAUGGCAAUGCAUCCUGGGGACAUCCACAGGGUUUCCAACAUCAGGGGCCCUCGAGACCACCAGCUAUUCCCAAAGGAAAGCCUCCAAGGCCGGUUCCUCUCUCUCCCAGUGAUAUGGACCAGCCCACUCAGCCAAAGCGUAAAAUGCCUGAGUUGGAGAAACAUCUGGUGGAUCAACUUAGCAAAGAGGAGCAGGAGUCACUCAACUCGAAAUUUGAAGAAGCAACGGCUGUUGAUAAAAAGGUGGACGAACUUGAAAAAGAAAUAGCCGAUUCCAAGCAGAAAAUUGACUUCUUCCGUACUAAGAUGCAGGAACUUGUUUUAUACAAGAGCAGAUGUGACAACCGUUACAAUGAGAUUACGGAGAGAGUCUCGGGUGAUAAACGUGAGCUUGAAUCUCUAGCAAAAAAAUAUGAGGAGAAAUACAAGAAGUCUGGCAAUGUUGGCUCCAAAUUGACGAUUGAAGAGGCCACAUUCCGCGAUAUACAGGAGAAGAAAAUGGAAUUGUACCAGGCAAUAGUUAAAUUUGAAGAAGGCAAGCUUGAUGAUAAUGUUGUCAAGGAGCGCACUGAAAACAUCCAAUCAGGCCUUGAGGAACUGAUCAAAAAUUUGAAUGAGCGCUGCAAACAAUAUGGAGUACGUGGCAAACCCACUUCUCUGGUGGAGCUUCCUUUUGGUUGGCAGCCUGGAAUCCAGGAAUGUUCUGCUGAUUGGGAUGAAGAUUGGGAUAAGCUGGAGGAGGAAGGGUUCACCUUCGUCAAGGAGCUUACACUUGAUGUCCAAAAUGUCAUAGCCCCACCAAAGGAAAAAUCGUCCUCUUGGAAGAAGGAAGAAACUGUUUCAUCCUCAGAUGUAUACUCUAAAACAGAGAAAAAGCCAAGCAGUGGUGAAGAGGCUUCUGACAAGGAACCAGCAUCUGAACAGUCAGAUGGUAAAACGUCCGACGUUAAUGCUACAGAUAAAAACGGAUCUCUGGAUGACUCUCAUGUAAGAAAGGGCAUUGAAGCUGAUGGUUCACCCCGAACUAAAGAUACAACGAGUGAAAAUGGUCAUGAUGGUGGUGAAUCUCCUGCUUCUGCUGGCAAAACUGUACAUUAUGACUCUCACGAUGAGACAGAUUCAGUUUCAAGCGUUAACCCUGACAAGGACAAGGAUCAUGAGAAGCAUGAUGGUGGCUUUGGAUUCGGGUUCGGAUUUGAUGACUUCAGCAUUAAGCCUAUAAAAACGGGUUCCACCAUUGCAAAUGACUUCCUCCCUCCUAAGUUAUCUAUAUUUUCCGAGUCUGUCCCAAGCCCCCCGGCAAAUGCAAACGAUGCUUUCACCGCAAAACCUUCCUUGUUUGCUGAUUCUGUUCCGAGCACUCCAGCGACAAACACCGCCUCUUACCCAGGCCAGAGAUCGUACUUUGAUGACUCAGUUCCAAGCACUCCUGCUUACCCAGGAAACUUGUUCGCCGAUAAGAAAUCCUACUUCGAUGAUUCUGUCCCGAGCACUCCUGCUUACCCAGGCAACUUGUUUCCCGAGCAGAAAUCCUCCUUCUUCGAUGACUCUGUCCCGAGCACUCCUGCUUAUAGCACUUCUGAUUUUGGUGGAAAGCCAUUUGCAUCAGAGACUCCUCGUUCAGACAACUUGUUCCCAGGAAGAAGCCCCUUCAUGUUCGACUCUGUCCCAAGCACACCUGCUGCACACGAUGACUACUCUUCCAACAGCUUCUCCCGUUUCGAUUCAUUCAACAGCAACAACAACGACGCUUUCUCUCUGUCCCGCACAGACUCGAUGCGCAGCACAAGCGAGCCCGACCCAUUCGCUAACAGGUUUGAUUCUUUCAACUAUCGGAGCUAUGAUUCCUUCAAUGCACAAAGCUAUGAUUCAUCUAGCAACAACAACGCAUCCGAGACACCUAAAGCCUCGUUGACGAGAUUCGACUCCAUGGGUAGCACCAGAGACGGCGACUACAGUCAUGGGUUUGGGUUUGACGACCACGACCCGUUUGGAUCUACUGGACCAUUCAAAUCAACGACAGCAGAGACACCACGGAGUUCUGAUAAUUGGAAUGCUUUCUAG